CCUCCCCAUCUCCCCUCCUCCCUCCUCCCCUUUUCUCUCUUAAACCCACACCCUGGUGCAGACCUAGACGUGCAGAAACCGGAAGACACUCACAGCCUUGUCUACCUCCAUCUCUUUCCAACCUUGCCCUGGAGGAUUAAAGCACACUGCUGUGUGGAACAAAGCCACUAUGUCUGACAAACCUGACCUGACAGAGAUCACCUGCUUUGACAAGACCAAACUGAAGAAGACUGAGACGAUAGAAAAGAACCCCCUGCCAACCAAAGAGACCAUUGAACAGGAAAGGAAAGGGGACGCAACGCCUUGAUGUGACUUGGUGAAGAGGCCGUGAGGAGGAAAACAGGAGAGGAGGCAGAGAUGCCACCAACAAAAGCACUUUGUUUGUCUCAGUAUUCUACUUGAAGUUACUUUGUAUUCAAGGGGCUUUGGGGGGAUUAUGGAGGUGUUUUCAUAAUUCACUUUUUACUUUUCUUUAUGAAAUAAAGACAAAAGAGUGUAAUACAAAACAACA